AUGACUUCACUCGCCAUGUCUGAGCAGUGGACACAACUGCAGAAGUCGACCAAGCGUCGACCUGUACGCUCGAACAGUGAAGUGUCGAGUCCAGAGUCGAUACGGUCCGAGCAGUUUGAGUUUGCGUCGGAAAACUUUGAAACAGAAGAGGCGCGAAGGGACCAAUUCCACACCAGAUAUCUGUCCUCGGAGGAGGAUCUCUCAUCCGAAGAUGCAGACAUGGCCGAAUCUCUGCUGGAUUUUGAUGACGAUGUCGAGGUGUACGAAGUCGAGAGUGCAGAGGCCGUUCCAUUCCGGAUAGCAAACAAGCCUAUAGUGCAACAUCCCGGCCAGCUGGCCCAGCUGGUGUGCAUCGUUCCAGCAACGCCGACUCUCGUAGAUGUGCCGCCAACACCACAAAGCUAUCGUUUCUCUGCACCAGCAGGCCACUACCCUAGGUUCACAUCCUCGCCAUCGUCCUCCAAUGCAUCAGCCCGCUCGUCUCCAUCCUCCGUUGACGAGAGACGACGUCGAACAAUCCACGACCCCACUACGUCUCGCAUGUCCAUCUCGGAGUCCUCGACAGAACACACCAGCACUACCACAUCACGCACCUCCACAUGGCCAUCCACGCACGACAGCGACACAAAGCGACAAUCCUCCUUCGAGCCUCGCCUAUCCAGCCUCUCCUACUCGCCUCCACCACCCUCAUUCCUCUCCUCCGACCCCUUCAACUCAGACACCCAACCUCCACUCGCGCGCUCCCCCAGCACAACCCACAGACGCCUACGCUCCAUUUCCAAAUCCCUCGUCAUGGCCAAACUCACCAUCUCGCCCAAGAAAUCCGUCCCGCCACCAACCCCGCCGCCGCAACCCCGCCGCCUCGUGCCCCGCGCCGGCACCCAGGACCGCGAACCGUCCAUCACCGCCGAUCUGCUCGCCUUCCUCGACUCCAGCCCCGAGCGGCCUGCCGCACCGUGUCCCGAGCGCCAGCAGCAGCAGCGCAAACUCAUACCGCGCGGCGCUGCAGAGCGCGAGUCCACGUUCGACUUUGGGUUCCUCGAUGACGGUCACGACGAGCAGGACGCGGACGAGGAUGAUGCGCGGAAGAGUGCCAAGCCGCGGAACCUGAGGCGCAAGAAGAGCUUGUUGGGGUUGCGCAAUUAUGCUGCUUACGGUUUGGCGCGGACGGAACGUGGCUGGGGUGGGCGGACGGCCUCGGCCUCCCUGCCUGCUAGCGUUAUUCUAGCGCGGCACUGGGGCAGAGUUGGAGAGUUCUGCUUGCGGGUAUGCGGCCCUGCGUACGAUGAACGGGGAUUGCAUUCUUACUCUCUUGCAUGCAUUCUUGCAUACGUCUUUGUCGAAAACGAUCGAAGGUAUGAAGAUCAUCACUCACUCAUUCACACACUACGCCAGCGCAUGGCUCAGAACCCGUCUAUCCUCAGAACUUCCGCCACCAUCUCCCCUGGUAUCCCGCAUAUAUUUCCAUCUACACACUGCGACACAACACAUCCGGAACACGCUGUCACCAGACCACCAGACAGCACAGGCUGUAUACCGACCAUCCGCCACACAGGCCGUGUACACUGGCAUCUUAUCCUGUUCUACGCCGUGUUUUCUCUGCACAUCGCUCUUCCGCACAUGUACUCGGUCGUUUCAUUCCCAUCGCAUAUUCCGUUCUCACAUGUCUUCUCAAAUCUCGUCACGGCCGAUCAAACAUGAUCCCGCAUACCACUCACUCAUUUCUCGGUACUAAUGCCCGCAUACACAAUUCUUCAAUUCACCUUCUUAGUGGUUCUUACAGUCUAUGCCGCUUUGCAUUCUUUAGUUUCUUUUUGCGGGUUUUUAAUGCACAGCUGGUGUUUUGGGUGUUUACGGUUCA